AUGGGCGAGGUGGAGGGAGAGGGCAUGGAAGGGGAGGGGGCCGGAAUGAAUCCACCCUUUGAAGACGAACGGACAGUGGUUGAGCAACCCGAUAAGGCGGAGGGGCUUCACCUGUUUACUGCUAAUGUUAUGGGGGUAGCUAUGCCAGAGAAUAAGGUUUUUCCAUGGGUGGAAAAGUAUGGAGGGUCGACCGAUCCGGUAAAGCAUCUAAGGUCAUUUGUUGAUGUUAUCGUUGUAUACUCGUCUGAUGAGCUAGUUUGGUGUAGGGUUUUUUCUUUGUCUUUGAAGGAGGAAGCUUUGGAUAGGUUUCAUUCUCUGCAGCCGCGAACUAUUGAUAGUUUUGCCACGUUGAGGCGUUUGUUCAGUCAGCAAUAUGCGUCGAAUCGUUCUCGAGGUUUGACGUAUACUGCAUUGGUCAGAAUGAGGCAAGGAAAGGAAGAGUCACUUAAAGGGUUCAUGGGUCGUUUUAACCAAACGACUUGGCAGGUAAGGAACGUGGACCAACGGUUGAUAGUCAGCGCGCUCACUACUGCGUUGAGGCCGAGACCUUUUGUUGAUUAUCUUUAUGAAGAGGAGCCCGAGCAGCGAAACCCACUUCAAGCUGAACCGCAAGAGGGAGGCAAAAACAAUGAGAAGUCGUUGAGGGGGGUUAUAAACACGAUAUCGGAGGGUUUUGCGGGGGGGAGGGUCGUCUUCUGCUGCUCGAAAGCGCCAUCUAAGGUAUCUGCACAAUGUCAAUCGGGCAGAGGUGGCACACAGGUCUAUGCCGCCAAUAACCUUCUCAGAUGA